ACUUUGAAAGAAAACACAGACCGCCAAUACGGUUGGUCCUACGCCCUGGGCUGGGUGGGUAUGAUUCUCGCCGCCCUGACCGCCACUCUGUACUCCCUGGCCGGCUGCUACAUCACCAGCGAGCGCUACGAAGACCGUGAGAUCCUGGAGAAAGGUCGUGGACGCGAUUUCCCCAUCGCUAUGGAGCCCGUGUACGCUGUAGGCUCCGACCCGUACUUGAACAAGACCUAUGGCUACCCCCGCGCCUACCUGAGCCCCAUGGCUCCGGAUAUGUACGCCAGGGGCUACCCGACCAUCGGCUACGGAGAGCCCAACAAGGAUAUGUGGCACUGGCAGGAGAUUGACAGCUAAAUUAAAAUGAAGAAUUUUAAUGUUGAGUUGUUGUGAAAGUGGGUCAAACUAACAACAGCUGACUCAUCACCUUGUCGAGAAAAAAGAAGGAAAAAAAAAGUAGGCCUCAGCCUACAUGAAAUUUCCUCCCGUUUUAACAUUUUAGAUUUGUUGAAUAAAAAACAAUAAAGAAAGAAAGAAAAAAAAGAAAGAAAGAAAGAAAGAACGAAAAACAGUGAAUAAAUUAAAUAAAAAUUAUUUCUGCUUUCACUCUAUUUCUGUAAUAUAAAAAGAAAGAAAUACAGCAAAUAGAUUAAAAUCUAAAAGGUGUAAACAGGAUCCCAUGCAUGUGAAAAGAAGGAGAAAUGUUAGGAAAUUCUUUCUUUGACAAGGGAAAAUAACAACUAACUCUAACAAAUAGCAGGACCAUUAAAUUUUUUUCUGAUACCCUUAGUAGAUUGCUACCAUUAUUUAAAGAGCUUGGUGGUGUCAGUUUUUGAAGAGCAAAAAAGAAUAAAAAGUAAAAUGUGACAAUGGGUGGGUUUAAAAAAAAAUCAGAAUAGCCAACUAUAACUCUAAUCUUUAUUCAGCGUGUCACAUUAUUUCAAGUCAACCUCUGAAAGAAGACAUUAAUUAAAUACGAGAGCUUGUCAACUUUCUUAUAGCCAGCGCCUACUUUUGUCACCCUAAAGAGGCAAAAAUUUUCCUACCACCAAGUGGGACAUAAUUAAAUAAUACCUGUCACUAACUACUCAGGUGAUCCCCACCACCCACCAGAAUUAACACAUCGCUCACUAGUGGGUGAUAUUGUCCAGGUUGGCAAGCACCGUUAUUGAUAAAGAAUAUUUAGGCCAAACUCUAUUCUCAAUUUUUUAAGAAGAGCUAGAGAAUACUAUAAAAAGGAACAUUUAGACCAAACUUGAUUCUCAAUUUUGUACAAGCUAUAGAGAAUACUAUUUAAAAAAAGAAGUUUUAGACCAAAGUUAAUUUUCAAUUUUGUAAGUGCUAGAGAACACUAUAAAAAAGAAUGUAUUGUAGGCCAAAAUUAAUUCUCAAUUUUGUAAGAACUAGAGAAUACUAUAAAAAAGGAGAAUACUAAAUCCAAAAAAAGGUUUUGCCAGUCUAAAUGCCAUCAGUCCUACUAUUACUAUUAUAUAAGACAAGCACAGCCGGUGAUUGUCUGACAGACUUCUUAGACUAACUGUUGAGAUGCAAAAACCACUCUCGUCUCGUGUAAACUGCUGCCGUUUAAAAGAUGACUCGACUGCCUUUAAAAAGAUUUCUAUGCAUGUUUCUGAAUCUUAAAUUCUGUUGUUAUCAUAAAUCAUAGUACAGUUUUGACCACAAUAUGAAGAAUGGUUUUGUUACACACUUUUAAUUGUGGAUCUCAAGGUUUUAUAAAAAUGUUAUUGGAAAUUUACACCUGAUUACAAGGAAAGAUCUGAGCAGUUUUAUAGAUCAUUUUGAUACCUGAGCUUAUGAACAUCUACUGAAGUUUGGACAUUGUGAGUUUUGUUUCUGUUUUUAUUUGUUCCAAGCGGCAUUUAAACAGGCAGUCCAGUUAAGUAGAAAAGUUAUUCAUACUUGAGACCUGGUCAUAAAACUGGUUGCCAUCUGCUCUCUCACUGAGAAAUUUGUGAUGUUUCAAACAGGUUAUGUCUUUAUUUAUAUAAUAAUAAUAAUAUAUAUACAUACAUAUUUGUGAGACAAAUUCUUGCCUGGUAAAGCUCUGUGAUCAAGAAUAGAUGUAGUGACCAGGAAAGAAAUUCACCUGCCUCAUUCAAAAGUGAUCCAC